AUGGGCUUUAAAUUCUCCUACGUCUGCGAUCUUCUUUCUACUUUGGAUAACAAUCGUACUCUCAAGGCAGCUUCAGAGGCCAAGAAGAGAAAUCCAGAUAGCUCUACAGUUUUAAACUGGUUUGAUCGCCAUGAGAAGAAGAUACAUAGUGGGGAUACCGACCGCCUUGCUCUUCUAUCCUGCAUCUCCCCAGAGAAGCGCCCAGAACGAGUUUUCAGACUUCGAGAGGCAUCUUUAGUAAAAGUCAUUGGCCGCUGCCUCUUGCUCGGUGCCUGUAGAAAACAGGAACUAGACCGAUGGCGAGAAAGGGGCUGGGGAGAUUUAGGCCAAUGCGUCGAGCACGUCAUGAGACAGGCGGAAAAUCAAAUCGAAUCAAAUAAUGAAGUUACUGUCGAAGAAAUAGACCUCGCACUGGCCAAGAUUGCAUCUCGAUGCAGACAUUCUGGCCCUGCUGUUCGUUAUCAAUACGAUGCCGUUGGGGUUGAUGAGACUCUAUCACCAAUCUUCCGAAGGCUGUCGAGCCGAGACGGCAAAUGGCUCACGAGGCUAAUUAUAAAAGACUUCAGCCCCGUCGUCGUUCCCUCCCAAUUGGUCUUCAAAACUUUCCAUUUUUUACUGCCAAAUUUGCUUCUCUUUCAAAACUCGCUUAGCGGAGCUCUUAAAUUUCUUGAUCAAGACCUAGUGAAAUCAUUUCCGCCCCGGCCUGAAAGACAGUAUGCUAGCCACUUAUCAACAAUUGCGCUUCCAUAUCUCAAACCGGAGGUGGGAGUUAAAGUUGGAAGGGUCGACUUUUUCAAGGCUAGAAGCCUCCAGCAUUGCUGUCAAAUGGCGGAGGGCCGAGUAAUGAGUGUCGAAAAGAAGUAUGAUGGAGAAUAUUGCCAAGUUCACAUCAAUCUUUCGGGGCCAACAGCUAUCCAAAUCUUUUCGAAAAGUGGAAAGGACUCAACAGCAGAUAGAAUAGGGGCACACCGAAUAGUAAAAGAGUCCCUAAGAAUUGGUCAAAGUGAUUGCCGAUUUUUUGAUCGAUGCAUCGUUGAAUGCGAAGUCCUAGUCUGGAGCGACGCUAAAUCCAAAAUUCUUCCAUUCCAUAAACUUCGAUCCCAUAUCCCUAGGUCUGGGUCAUUUAUCGGAAUUGAGAAUGACUCACCACCUGACCAGCAUGAGCACUUGUACCUGGCAUUCUUUGAUGUAUUGCUAGUUGAUGACAAGGUUUGCUUAUCACAACCAUAUCGCGAACGCAGGCAGAUUCUUCAAGACCUUGUCAAGUCCAUUGAAGGCUAUUCUGAGAUAGCGAAGCAGCAAGUGAUCAACUUCUCCUAUCCUGACAGUUUCGAUAGUUUAAAAGACGCAGUCGCCAUGGCGGCGGCACAGCGAUGGGAAGGUCUUGUACUAAAGGGAAACGAAGAGCCAUAUUUUCCGAUUUUUGAAGAUAGUGUUGCCAAGUCGAAUUUUGGACGCUGGAUCAAAUUGAAAAAGGAAUAUAUUCCCGGCUUGGGAGACUCGGCAGACUUCGCAUUAGUAGGAGCAAGAUAUGAUGCCAAUGAUGCCAACAAAAUGCAGACUAUCAAAAAACUGUUGUGGACAUCUUUUUUUGUUGGUUGCCUAGAAACGACUCAACAGGUAUCAGGCAUACAGAGACAAGUUUUUCGGGUGAUCGACGUGAUUAAUCGUCACAACAUUGGCCCACAACUUAUUCUAUCCCUUAAUCAGCUGGGCCAAUUUCAAAUCUGCGAUCCCACUUCCAGUCCAUUCCUCAUAAAAUCAGACCAGCCUCAAAUGCCCGAGGUAGAAGUUCUUUUUCGAAUGCCGUUCGUGGUGGAGAUGGUAGGAAGCUGCUUCGAGCGCCCGCAAGAUGUGAGGUACUAUACUUUGAGAUUUCCUCGUGUGCUGAAAAUUCACUCCGAUCGUAGUGUCGACGAAGCUAUUACAUUUGCGGAAUUGCAGCGCCUUGCGGAGACGUCUCGUACCAUUCCGGAAGACGAACUAUCGCAGGAAAUUGCACUCUGGAAUACUAAGCUGGACGGCAGGGGUGGCAUAUCGGAGUAUAUAGUAGAUGAUUCCGACAAGUCGUCCUCGUCGUCCAGUCCUCCUAAUAGCCCGCCCUGUCUAAGUUUUCAGGCUGAGAUGACUCCAGGACUAAGUUUUGUGCACAAAGACAGAGCUCUUAUCGAACUACAGGGAAGCCAUGAGGUAGAUGUUGCGCCUCGCUAUGUUUCUAGAAGAUCAACUGGGACUCUAUCGAUCUCCAAUACCCCAAAUGCCCAGGGGAUGUCAAAUAAGAGACAGAAACUGUACCAUCGAAAUAAUUCACAAGUGAUAAAUAUUUUGCCCGACCACACAGAACAUGCAUUCUCUUCAAAGGAUUCUUGCCCUUCGACCACUGCAAUUCUGGCCGAUGUAAGCGGCUUUGCAGCAAAAACAAACCAGCAGAACUGUACGCCUCUGGGAAUACCUUGCACUACCUCUACACCCGGGUCACCACUCUCAUCCUUAAAUUCAUUUAACUUGGAGAACUUCCCCGAGCAUUUAAAUAGCAGGCAUUUGAAUGCCACAGGAGUGACUAGCAAAAAUAUGCUGGAGUUUCCAAGCUUUUCUCAAUCGGUUUCUCAAGUUGAGGGAAUUUUGAAACAAACAUCUACAGAAGACCUUUUUAGAAAUGCUAGUCAAGGUCUUAUUGAAGGGACGGCUGUCAAAAAUGACUGGAUAUUGCACAAUAUACCCAUUUUGUUUGGAUCUAGCCUUUCAAAAGGAACAUUCCCCAUGCUAAAUAAAUACCUACAAAAAUUAAAACGAUCAGCAGCGAUGUCCGUUUCACAAUUUCUUAUCGAAAUAACUGCAAGAAGCAAAUUUGAUUCCUCUUUCUGUGAUAAGCUGAAAGCUAUUUCGCCUUCACUUCUCGGUGUUGUGCUUGUUGAUUCAAAAAAUGGAGAUGAAUGUAGGAUCGCCUCGGAGAUUGCUUGCAUGGGUAAUGAAAUCGUCAAUUGUCGGCAGCGGGAAUACUUUCCCAAAUCAGGAAAAAUUGUCUUUGUACAAUGGAGAAUCCUGCAACUUGCUGCAAGUAGCCGCGGGAUUCUCAAACCGAGGCGGGAAGCAUAUGGAAAAGCCAUUUUUGCCGGUUGCCUCAAAUGGGGUUAUGGCGCAUCAAAGAAACGACGGCGGAAGGAAAUUCAUUCAGCGACCGACACGACACCAGCCCCUCAAGAUCAAUACUCUCGAGUGGAAAGGGGUAUAAAAGUUAGCUUGGAUUGGCAAGAGAUUUUACCUCUGGUCCAAAGAGGUUGUUUUGAGCCUAGUUGA